AAAAUCUCUUUCUUUCAUUUUCUUGGGUUGCUAACCUAACCACUAUCAAUUUCGGGGUGAAUAUAGCUGUAGGCCUCGGAUCCUACUCCGGGCCCAAUUACUUCUUGCUAUUUUAUGCUUGCCCGUUAUCUCUUCACUUUUCCCAUGUUGAGAUUCUUGAAGAGGUGCCAAACAUGAUGCAUUCUGUAAGGGGUGGCCUGGGGCAAACGUUUGCGCUUGCUAAGCAUAAUGAAUCGGAAGGGAGAAAGACUCGGAUUCGGCGCUCCAAGGAGGAAAGAAAGGCAAUGGUGGAAUCCUUUAUACAAAAAUACCAAGAUUCAAACAACGGAAACUUUCCAUCACUUAAUCUUACACAUAAAGAAGUCGGUGGCUCUUUCUACACAGUACGGGAGAUUGUACGUGAUAUAAUUCAAGAAAAUAGAGUGUUGGGUCCUGCUAAGUUCACUUUAGAAGAUCUAAACACUGAUAAAUUUUUUGAACAAAAUCCGCUGGGUUCAAUUGCCAGAGUUCCCGAACCUUUUUCCACUGCAUCUUCAAUUGAAAAUCAUUGUGAGUCUGACAAGGUUCAGGAUACAAAUAAAACAAUGAUUUCUGUUUCUGAUGGGUCGUAUACUGAAGUUGUGGACAAGGUGGUUGACAAAGGGCACGUCAUAAGUUUUGGUCACAAGGAACCUAUUGAAGCGGUUGUUGCUGAUGGGCGUGAUACUAGAGCUGAGCAUCAAGUGGUUGACCAAGAGCAUACCAUGAAUGUUAGCCCCAUAGGUGUUACGACCAAUGAAUCUGUUGAAAUUUCUGUGGAUGGAUGUUGCACUGGAAAUGAGUACAAAUUUGUCGACAACGGGCAUGUCUUAAAUGAUAGCCAGGUGAAUAUAGUGAGUAAGGAGUCAAAUGAAAUUGCUAUUCUUGAGAUGCAGUUAAAUGAUUCUUCUACACUCAAACAGAAAGUUGAACAAGAGUUGGCAGCUGCCAAAACACCAAUGACCAAAGUAAAUGCUGUGACAGAGGACUUAAUAGUCGAGACAUUUCCACUAACCCCUGGUUCCAUGACUGCUGAUGGAAUAAGAAGUCCUGAAGGGUUGAUGGACUCACGUAAUUCACCAGAAACUGAUAUGAAAAUGUUGGAAUUGAGACAAGACGAGGAAAAGUCUGAAUUAAAUGGUAUAGAGCCCUCGAAGAAUUUCAAUUUAUUGGACAAUAAAUUUGAGGAUGCCCCGGUAAAUCAAAUAUUAAAGAACACCUCUAACACUGGGCUUGAUAAGGAGGAGAGUGUAGGAGAUAUAUCUGAAGAAAGCUCCAAUCAUUCUACCCACAAAGAACAUUAUGAAUUUGAAGACCGCACUGAUUCUCAAGUUGGAGUAUCGCAUAAAAAUACCAUAACCAUCGACCAAAGCAAGAAAACGGAUGAAAUUAUGACAAACACUCAAACCAAUAACCUCAGCAAGACAUGUAAACCAUCAGAGGAAGACGAUGACCUGCUAAAAGCCGAUAAACAUAGAGUUGAAGGUCAACUUGGUGGCAACUCUCAGAGAAGCGGCACAACUGUGGAUAGGAUACAUCUAGAAUCCUGGGAUGGAGCAGAUAAGAAUUCCGCAAAGCGAGAACCCAACCCUCUUUUAGCUGCUUGGAAAGUUUUUGUGGAUGCUUUUGUAAAAUUUUGGUCGGCAUGAUUAGUUAGUUUCUUUCUCUCCUGUUGCGUUAUCGUCAGUGUUGUUCUUAACUAUCAGAACAAUUUUUGCGUAGAAGUGUGUUUAGAUUUUAACUGAGCACUCAAGCUAGUUUCUAUGGAAUAUAUUGAUAUCAUAUUUGACUGUUUUUU